AUGCUGUCCACCACGCGCUUCCGGUGCUACAGGACGACCGAUGUAACAGGGGUGGAAAUGGGAGGUGCGCUGAAGAACGUCCUUGCCAUCGCCUGUGGCAUAUGCGACGGCCUGAACUUUGGCAACAACGGCAGGGCGGCCCUCAUAACCAGGGGCUUGAAUGAAAUCACGAGGCUGGCGGUCGCGAAAGGGGCAAAUCCCCUCACCAUGGGCGGGCUGGCGGGCAUGGGGGACUUGGUGCUAACUUGCACAGGCGACUUGAGCCGCAACAGGACGGUGGGGCUGAGGAUCGGCCGCGGGGAGAGGCUGGCGGACAUCACCAAGUCCAUGACGGCCGUGGCGGAGGGCGUCCUGACCUCGCGGUCCGCAGACCAGCUGGCGCGGCGACUGGGCGUGGAGUGCCCCAUCAUCAACGGCAUAUACCGCGUCAUCCACGAGGGCGCCGACCCCAGGGGCGUCACGGAGGAGGUCAUGAGCCGGGCGCUCAAGCAGGAGGUCGACCAGUUCGUGCUUAGCUCGGCCAAGCCCACGUGA